AUGUCCGAGAAACCACACAAGGAGUUCGAGGACUAUGGUUACGGCGUUGGUCGACCCACGUGGAGUACCGUGCCGUUCCCAAAGCUCGGUGACCAAGGUCAAACCCUCAAUGAAACGCAACCGCCGCAAGGCGCAGAGGAAAGCAAUCACCAGCAGGUUGGCCAGACAGACACCGAAACCCGGAGCGAAGGCCCUAGACUUAAGCGCCGAAAGCUAGAAACCGGCCCGCCUUCGGACGUUGCAGGUAGAGCUAAGGGCGGUCUCGACCAGGCGGAGCGAAAGGCUGACGACGUCAGCAUGGAGUAA